AUGAGAAUGUAUUAUUAUUCCAAGGAUUUUCAACGUCUGUACUUGCUGCCAAUGUUUUGUAAUGCGACGAAUGAUGGGGACUCGCUCUACUCGAUGUUCAUCUACACGAUCACACUCUUCGAGUUCGGCAUCCAUUUCAUUAGUUUGGCUGGCUAUAUACCAUUUAUAAAAAUCGUACAUGAAAGCCGGCUCUUUCACCCAAAUUUGCGAAAGUUUAUCGUCUUCUUUGCGCUCCUAUUACAGCUGAAUUUCCCUAUCAGAACGAUUUUGCUUUUCUAUGAAUUUGAGGUGGUAUCAGUUACAGGCCGGCUAGCGCAGGAUUGGCUGUUAUUACUGCCCUGCACGUUGCGAUACUUUCUGGCCUGCGUUAGCACGCUAUCGUUUUUUGUCAUUAUCAAUGAAAGGAUUGCGGCCACCUACUUCAUCAAAGACUACGAACAGCACAAGCGCUCCUGGAUUUUUGGGAUUAUCAUGUUUUCGUUUCUGAUUCUUGGAACAACCGUGUGCCCGCUGAUUGGAUUUUGUUGGAUCGUCCACGACUGGCCGAUGUUCGCUUCCUCAAUGAUGCGCUAUUUUUUAUUGGUCGUCAGCGUGCUUUUUGUUUUCAACCUCAUCAACGAAAGGCUUGCGGCCACCUGGUUCGUGCUGGACUACGAAAAACGGAAGCGAACCUACAUUUUUGGGAGUAUGAUGGCCCAAUUUUUUGUGCUGGGGACUGUGUUUUCGGUUGUUGGAGGAUUUUUAGCAACCGGCGAUUUCCUUUACCUUUUCAUCAUCGAUAUAUUUUUGCCGCUGUGCUUUUUGCUGGUUACAUGGCAGAGUGCUGGCUACUUUUACCUCGUAAACUAUAAUACUAAGUUACUGGCCGAACUGUCGAGGGACAUUAUUGGGAAACGGGGAUAUCAUUUGAGCAUGCGGUAUCAAGUUGCUGAAAAUUUGAGGGCGAUCAAGGUACGG